AUGUCCCCUCUAGAGUGUUUAAAAGCUGAAAUUGAACGUGUUUUCAUGAACAUGGGCAAUAAUUCUUAUGAAUAUUUUCUAGGUAUGAAUGAAAUUCUAGGUCCUAUAUAUUAUACAUUUGCUUCUGACCCAGAUACAGAAUGUAAAGAAUGGGCUGAAGCAGAUUCAUUUUUCUGUUUUACUAAUUUAAUGGCCGAAAUUCGAGAUCAUUUUAUUAAAACAUUGGACGAUUCAGAUUGUGGUAUAGGGUACUCAAUGAAUAUGUUAAUGGACGAGAUUCGAAUCAGAGAUCCUAUUUUAAGCCACCGUAUGUCAGAACAAGACUUAAAGCCACAGUAUUUUGCAUUCAGAUGGAUCACAUUGAUGUUGUCUCAAGAAUUUCCUUUACCAGAUGUGUUGAGAAUAUGGGAUUCAUUAUUUGCAGAUAAAUUACGUUUUGAUUUUCUGAUCAAAGUUUGUUGUUCUAUGUUAAUUUUAUUAAGAAACGAUAUAUUAGUCAAUGAUUUCCCCUCAAACAUGAAAUUAUUACAGAAUUUUCCAUAUACCACUGUAGAGGUUCAGAAAGUAUUGGCCAAGGCUGUAGAAAUGGUUCAUCGGUAGCACAGCUAGUUAUUUUUAUGUAAAUUUCUGUUUUAUAUCAUGUCGUGUUACUUGCGCCAAACAAAUUUGC